GAAGAAAUCCUCAACACGCCGCUGCUGACGGUUCGUGAGGGGUCUGUGGAGGAUCUGCUGUUGACGGAGGCAGAGACCGACCAUCCCGGGAAGUGCCGAGUCGCAGGAGUCGUUCUGGGGGACGGGAGCAGAGUAAGUGCUGGGAGCGUCGUCCUGACCACCGGGACAUUUUUGAGGGGAAUGGUCGUCAUGGGCCUGGACACGCACCCGGCCGGGCGGCUCGGAGACCAGCCGGCCAUUGGGCUGGCGCGGACCUUGGAGAACCUGGGAUUUGCUGUGGGUCGCCUGAAGACCGGGACGCCGCCGAGACUUGCCAAGGAUACGAUCGACUUCAGCCGCCUGGCGGAGCGCGCGGCCGACAACCCUCCCGUGCCCUUCAGCUUCCUCAGCGAGGCCGUGUGGAUCAAGCCAGAAGAUCAGCUCCCCUGUUACCUGACCCACACCAGCCCCAAGGCUCAGCAGAUUAUCCUGGAUAACCUCCACGUGAACGACCAUGUGAAGGAGACAACAAAGGGGCCCCGAUAUUGUCCCUCUCUUGAAUCUAAGGUUCUGCGCUUCCCAAACCGCCAGCACCAGGUGUGGCUGGAGCCUGAAGGCCUGGACUCCAAUGUCAUUUACCCGCAGGGCAUGUCAAUGACACUGCCACCUGAGCUCCAGGAGCAGGUGAUCAGAUCCACUCCGGGCUUGGAGAAAGCCGAGAUGUUACAGCCAGGCUAUGGGGUACAAUAUGAUUUCCUGGACCCGCGGCAGCUGACAGCUUCUCUCGAGUCCCGCCUUGUUCAGCGGCUCUUCUUUGCAGGACAGAUAAAUGGCACUACAGGCUAUGAAGAAGCUGCAGCUCAGGGCGUCAUCGCCGGCAUCAACGCUUGCCUCCGGGUUCGCGGCCGGCCCCCGUUCGUGGUGAGCCGCACCGAGGGCUACGUGGGCGUCCUCAUCGACGACCUCACCACGCUGGGCACGCGCGAGCCCUACCGCAUGUUCACCAGCCGCGUGGAGUUCCGCAUGUCCCUGCGGCCCGACAACGCCGACGCCAGGCUCACUGUGAGAGGUUUUAAGGAGGCUGGAUUUGUGUCUCAGGAGCGCUAUGAUCGAUCGGUUAAGAUGAGGGCUGCUUUAGAGGAUGGAAUUGCAAUGCUGAAGUCCCUUCAGUUCAGUAUAUCCAAGUGGUCCCAGUUAAUACCAGAAGUUUCCAUUAGCAGCAGUCGAAAGUCACCUCUCAGUGCCUUUGACGUCCUUCGGUAUCCAGAGGUCAACAUGGAGAUUCUAGCAAGGGCUCUCCCAGAACCCCUGGGAAAGGUUGUUGAGUGGAGAGAACUGGCAGAGAGGUUGAAAAUAGAAGCGGCUUAUGAGUGGUGUGUAGCCAACCAGCAGCAGGAAAUAGAGGAAGUGCGGCGAGAUGAAGCCCUCCGACUGCCAGAGGGCCUGGAUUAUUUUGCCAUUGAUGCAUCUCUGUCAGCAGAAGUGCGGGAGAAACUCGACCUCAAUCGUCCCCAGACGAUUGGUGCAGUCAGCCGCAUCCCUGGAAUUACACCAGCUGCUAUUCUUAACCUGCUUAGAUUUGUGAAGACCAAUCACCAGCGUACAAAGAGAGUAGAAGUUUUGCCCCCGGCUGACAGGAAAGCCACUUCCCAAAUGCAGAUUCCAGCAGAGCUUUCUGAAGAAGAGCCAGAGAGUACCCUUGUUAAAGCACCGUUGUAG